AUGAACGGGAAUCUGCACAGCGAUAUCGUGUGUAUCUUAGAUGCUGGUGCUCAAUAUGGGAAAGUUAUCGAUAGACGAGUUCGCGAACUCAACGUCGAAUCCGCCAUCAUUCCGUUGAGCACCACCGCCAAAGAGAUAGUCGCCGCCAAGUACAAAGGCAUCAUCAUUUCUGGGGGUCCGGGUUCUGUUUAUGCACCGGACGCUCCUACGCACGAUCCCGAGAUCUUCAAAUGCGGCAUACCUGUUCUCGGCAUCUGCUAUGGAAUGCAGCUCAUCAACAAGGAGUUCGGAGGAUCCGUAGCCCGCAAGGACAACAGAGAAGACGGCCAGUUCACCAUCAACAUAGACAAUUCUUCUGCCAUCUUCAAGGGGCUGGAAGCGAAGCAAGAAGCUCUACUGACGCACGGGGAUUCGGUGGCGAAAGCCGCGGACGGUUAUGCGGUCACAGCCACGUCGGGAGAUACCGUAGCCGCCAUCGCAUCCGAAUCGAAACGAAUAUUUGGAGUCCAAUUCCAUCCCGAAGUGGAUCUCACACCGAAGGGCAAAGAAAUUUUCCGCAAUUUCUUAUUCGAUGUGUGCGGAUGCACGGGAUCCUUCACUCUCCAGAGCAGAGAAGUGGAAUGCAUCGAGUACAUUCGGAAAACAGUCGGCUCCUCGAAAGUUCUCAAUCUCGUAUCGGGCGGCGUAGAUUCCACGGUUUGCGCGGCGCUCAUGCGGCGAGCCCUACCUGAAUCGCAGGUGAUCGCUCUGCACAUCGAUAACGGCUUCAUGCGCAAGGACGAGAGUUUCCAGGUUGCGGAAUCCUUGGAGAAGAUUGGACUGAAGCUCAAGGUCAUCGACGCCUCUCAAAGGUUCUAUAAUGGAACAACCGAGUUGCCCUGCGAUCGGUCCGAUCCCAGCAAGGGUAAACGACGGACGAAGGUGUUGACUCAGACCGUCGCACCCGAAGAAAAGCGAAUGAUCAUUGGAGACACAUUCAUGAAGGUCGCCGACGAGGUGGUCGCGGAAUUGGAACUCAAUCCAGAAGACGUAUUUUUGGGCCAGGGCACGCUGAGACCGGACCUGAUCGAGAGCGCGAGCGCUCUGGCGUCCGGUUUCGCGGACGCUAUCAAGACCCACCACAACGAUACCGAGCUGGUUCGUAUGCUCCGCGAGAAGGGACGAGUCGUGGAACCUUUGAAAGAUUUCCACAAAGACGAAGUCCGGGCCCUCGGCCGAGACCUGGACCUGCCCGAAGAGCUGCUCAUGCGCCACCUUCCCGGUCCCGGUCUGGCUGUUCGUGUCAUCUGCGCCGAGGCCUACAUGGAGAAAGAUUUCAGCGAGACUCAAGUGCUGUGUAAAGUCAUUUGCGACUUCGCGCAUGCGUCCCAAAAGAAACAUUCUCUUCUGCACAGAGUGGAAAACGCAUGCACCAAAGACGAAUUGGCUUUCCUCACUGAAAUGUCGCUGAAACUCAAGGUGACGCCGACACUGCUGCCUAUCAAAAGCGUUGGGGUCCAGGGCGACAAGCGCACCUACAGUUACGUGCUCGGACUGUCCACGUUAGACGGCAGAGUUCCCGAAGACUGGUCGAUGCUGAUGAAGUUCGCCAAGCUCUUGCCGAAAAUCUGCCACAACAUCAAUCGAAUCGUGUUCAUCUUCGGCGAACCGAUCAUACAGCCCGUGCUGGACAUCACUCCAACCUUCCUCACACCCAACGUCUUGCAAGUGCUGAAACGAGCCGAUCAUGUCGCCCAGAACACGUUGCGGAAGCACGGGGUCACCAAGAAACUUUCCCAGAUGCCUGUCAUUAUAGUUCCCAUUCAUUUCAACUGUGAUCCUCGUCAGACUUCGUGCCAGAGGUCGAUCGUCGUACGAACCUUCAUCACUGAGGACUUCAUGACUGGCGUGCCUGCGCAGCCCAACAAGCACUUACCAUUGGAGGUCAUUUUAGACAUGGUCGAGCAAAUUCAGAACGUGAGCGGUGUCUCCCGCGUGAUGUACGAUCUAACUCCGAAGCCUCCCGGUACCACUGAGUGGGAAUGA